UUUAUCUGAAGAAACGCUUUGUACUCGCCACUGUCGACCGUUAUUGAACUAAAGCGGGUGAAGGGUGUUUGAUGAUUAUCCGACGGGGAAAGCUUCCCCACGCGCGCCACACGCUCCCGUCAGCUUAACCUUGGAGGCAAUGCUCAGGCAUGCCGAGUUCCAUCGGCCCCCGUGGGACUCGGGGGUUAUGUUUGCGGCAGGAUGCGACGUGCACGGGGAAACAAAACAGGAAAAAAAGGAUGGUUGAUUGAUGGGAAAGUCGGGGCAAGGUACUUGGCAAUCGGCUACCCAAUUUCUGAAAACAACGCUUGGCUGGGGGAAGGGGGUGAGACGAUCAUGACCUCGAUUAAGCUCGGGUGGUUGUGUGCUGCGGUUGGCGCUGAUUGGGCUGGGGACUUCAGGUUCAGCUGGAACGGUUCAGGCUUGUUGGUUCAAUGGUUGAUGUGUUUCUCUGGAUUGGGAGACUGGACGGCCCGGCCGGGUGGGACGGAUGCGUCACGUCCUUCACAAGGUGGGAGAAUAGAGCUGCUAUUCUGGUAGAGGUCGUGGUGGUGGUGGUGACAGCAUCUUCCAUGAUGAAGAUGAUUUGACGCGGGCGACUAAGAGCGGGUUGGCGGAUAUCCGACGAGCUACGAA